AUGGAUUCAAUCAUGGAAAAUCAGAGAAAGCUACACGAGGAACGCGAACGGACGAUUGAAACGAUUGUGAAGGAAAUCAUGAGCGACAAGAAAACUCACAAAGCCAAUAUUAAUUCCCAACAACGCGUGAAGCAGCUUGUCGACAGGUAUCACGCCUGCACUGAAAGCCUGGAACGAAUGUAUACUGACAGUGAUGGGGCUCGUAAAAGGGAGAUGGAUGCAAUUGCUGGGCCAAAUGAAUUCGCGGAAUUCUAUGCUCGUCUGAAACUUCUUAAGGAUGCACAUCGUAGAAAUCCUGACGAGCUUGCUGAACCACUUUCAAUGGAGUUCCAAAAAAUGCACGAGGAAAUUGCAGAUCCCGAAAGGGAAGAGUAUGACAUGGUUCAGUUUACUGAUGAGGAAGCAUAUGGAAGGUUUUUGGACAUGCAUGAGAUCCAUGCCUUAUAUCUGAAUUUGAAAGCUGUGAAGAAAAUUGAUUACAUCACGUAUCUUGGUCAGUUCGAUAGAUUCACAGAAAUUCCAAGGCAAACGACCAAGAAAACAGGCGCUUAUAAAGAGUACUUAAACACUCUCAAGGAAUACCUUGUUUACUUCAUGGAACGUACCCGUCCUCUUCAUAAUCUCAAAGAAGAUUUCGCCAAGAGUGACGCAGAAGUCGAACGCCAGCUCGCGGAGGGAUCGUUGCCUGGAUGGCCGAAACAAACUGCCCCAAAAGAGGCUUCUAUUGAUGUUUCUGCCUACAGCAGUCCAGUGGAAUUGGAAAGCUUAGGCCUGGAUAGACUGAAAGCCGCUCUGAUGGCAUUAGGCUUAAAGUGUGGAGGAACACUCAAAGAACGUGCUGAGCGUCUGUAUGCAUCAAAAGGCUUGAGAGCUGGUGAUUUAGGAAGGGACGCGCUGGCAAAGAAGACAGAUGAAGCUAAAGAACAAGCACGGACUGCAGCGUUGGCGAAACUUGAAGGUCACAUAAACAUUGGUAAUCUUCUCAUGGAGGAGCGGGAUGCGACGCGCGAGAAUGUGGAAAGGAAACAGGCGCGAACCGUCGGGGAAAACGAAGACGACGAUGAAGAGCCUCAAAUCGAAAGCGAUGAGGAGGAAAACGACGGCGUGCCCUACAACCCCAAAAAUCUCCCUCUUGGGUGGGUGGGAUGGAAAGCCGAUCCGUACUGGUUAUAUAAAUUGCAUGGACUGAAUAUAUCGUAUUCAUGUGAGAUUUGUGGCAAUCAGGUGUACAAAGGGCCGAAAGCAUUCCAAAAACAUUUCAAUGAACGGCAGAGAUGGAAUCCCGACAACGACGAAGAGUUCGAAGACUCAGCCGGUAAUGUGGUUACACGAAAAAUGUAUGAAGAUCUCAAGAGGCAAGGGCUUUUGUAG